AAUAAGAGGAUAGUGAAACUGAACUUGGAAUUUACAACAACAAAAAAUGGCGGUACAGGCACAAACCUUGAAGGUUUAUCCCUCUUCCACGAGACUUCAAUUUUACUAUCCUCAUUCCAAUUUCAAUCAACCACGCUUCUCAUCGUUCUCGUUUCGAAGUCCUCGCCUCCAACCUAUCAGCUGUAGCGCCUCCAAUGUCAAACCAAACAAGCAUUCUCCUUCCUCAUCCACCAAAAACAAAAACCUAAACAACAACCACAACAACAAGAAGAAUAACAACAAGAGUGGCGCGGAAGCUAGUGAUUCCAAUUCCGCUUCCGAUUCUCCUCCGCCUCACAUUCCUACGCAACUCCCCCGUCCACCGACUGGUUUUGUUGUAGACGAUACCGGCAAGCUUCUCACAGCUAACAACAAUGACCGAAUUGCCACACUUGUUGAUCCUGCAAACAAUCUACCUUUGAAGUGUGUGAUAAGGAGAGUCUUCACCAGUUCUGAAGGAGAGGAAUGUUUGUUGCUAUCCCCACUUGACAUGCCUGUCUAUGUAUUACAGAGCACAGGUGAUGGAUGGUCAGAAGUCAGUUACGAGGAGCUUGAACCUCUUCUACCUGCUGCUGCUUUCGCACUUGCCAAAUUACGCAUUCAUCUGGUCUAUAGUGGAUACUGUUAUACAGCUCGUGGUAGUUUAUUUUACUCAGAAGAAGACGUAUUUGAGUUUCAUGCAGAGGGUAAAGGCGGUGGCUUGGCAACCGAGGGUGUAAAACUCACACGCUUCAAUGAGGAUGGAGCACACUACAUGAUAUAUACACCAUCUGACCCACUUGUUUUUGUUGCUGUGAAGAAUGCCAAUGUGAAUUUAUGGGGCAUGAGAAACCGGUGUUCUUUAGUGAAACACAAAUUUAUCCUUUCCUUGUGCAGGAUCAAAAUGGAAUGCUACAAAUUGCUGACGAGGAACUGCUUGAAGAUCCUGCUGUCAUUAGCGCCAAAGAUGAAGAGACAGAAUUUAAUGCCUUGGUGGUGGAGGAAGAAGCUGCACUCCUUGACUCACUGUUGGAUUGAAGAUAACCAUCUAUACUCAUUGCAAUAGAGCUGUCUUAUCCCACUGUUUCUCAUCUGGAUUGCUGCAAAAUUUUGUGGGUCGAACAACUUUUUUUGUGUACAUAUGUAUAUUUUAAUAAGGACUAUCAAUUGAGGACUGCAACAAAACAAUUUUAAUAA